AUGACCUCUACAUCAAUUCGGGGCGUCGUUGAGAAGUCUCUGUUGUCGUACGGCGGAAAAACAUCAGUGCGCAUGUUGCAUGUCGUCAUGUCUACCCGAUCGCAGCAGUGCGAGUUUGGUCGCCACCCUUCUCCUUUUUUCCCACUCUCCCCUUCUCCCCCUCUCCUCUUUUCCCGUUCUCCGGUUCUCAUUCUCCCGCCUUCUUUCCCUCUCCCCUUCUCCCCCUACCACAGGAGCGGCAGCAGCAGUGGCGGGCGGGCGGCAGCAGCAGUGGCGGGAGUGGCAUGGCUUCUGAUCACCAAGAGCGCGGACGCGCUGAGGCUGACAGCGCUGUUUGGCGCCACCAUUGCGCUGGCCGGGGUGGGCAGCCUGAGGGCGUGGCGCAAGGGGCAGUCCAGCACACCGUACAUCCUCGGGCAAGCAGGUGCGCACUCAUCCGGUCCUACAUCCUCGGGCAAGCAGGCGCGUGCAGGGAAACGUGGAAAGGCCCCACCAUCGUCCACACAUUGUCACCUCAUCUUCAACUUCCCUUCCCACCGUCCCCCAUCCACACCACCCCUGUGCAGUGCUCGCUGCUGUCUUGGCAUACCAGGCAUUCGUGCGCCUGCAAGUGGUGAGCUGGAUCAAUAA